AUGGACGCUCUCUUUCCCCCAGAUCGAUCUCUGCUCUUCCCGCAAUUCGAGACCUAUCGCUUGCAACCUCUUGACCCAGACGAAGAUGUCAUUUCGUUUCCGUUACCUGGGCAAGGGGCAACUCAAUCGAGGGUAGGGUACAAUACUCAUCUCUUGUCCUUUUCAGAAGUAAAGUCGAGGAUAGAAUGGAAUCAUUUGGCAGCUGGACAAGGCAGGAGAGGAAUGUACGUCGACGCAGAUUGGAAUGUCAUCGGAUUCCAGCUCGAGGAUGACUACCAGCCUACCUUCUCGACGAUAGCCAAUAUACGACCGGGUCCUAGCAGCGAGCCGAAACGUCAGCCCGAAUACCCCAGUUGCAUCCAGCUGGACAACUCCUACUGGGCCGUGGCAGAUGGUGCAGGAGCCCUUCAUCUGGUCAAGACCUCCUGUGCAGAAGAGCCUUUUUCAGGCGAGAUUGAACGGUCUGAAGGACCAAAGUCAUCAGGAGUCAACUCUGACGGAGCCGAGAGUCUCGACUCCGAGCCCUUCCUCAUUCAAGGCGUCCGACGAGACGGGGAUGGCAAAUCCUUAGCUCUGCUCCUCAGCUUUGCUCAUCCCGUCGGGAAGGCUCAAAAACAGCUUAGCAGCUCAACGGCAUUUGAGCUUGUGGAAUGGACUAUCGGACAUCUUGGCGGGUCCACGGCGAACGGGCAUGCGAGGCUACCAAGUCACUUUUAUGGAUCCGAUCUACCUAUAUCCGUCGACUGGAGUGGUGUGCAAGGCUCUCAAAGCUGGACAGUCUUAUCCUCGAAGCAAUAUACAGAGCCACAAGCAUGGGACGCGCAACAGUCGAUGGAGAUUGAGAAGAAACAAAGGGAGAACCUUGUCGAUAGUCGGAAACCGGGUCUUGGAGCAAAGCGCAAACGACCGUCACCUCCGAUUUUUGCAGAGGCUGAGAGCAGUCAAGCAGCGGUGGCGGCGACGACCAGACGGGAAGGUGCGAAAAUCGAAGAGAUGGACGAGUCUGCAGAAAGGGCGGGAAAUGACGAUAGCCCAUACUCAUGGACACAGACUGCAGAUGCUUUCACCCUCCACCUGGAUUUCCCACCGGGUACCUCUCGUCAGGAGAUAACCAUUUCACUUGACGACACCAGCCUGGACAUUGUUGCUUCUUCAAUGGCCGAUACCGACACACCACUUUUCCGUUUCCUCAGGCGACGUAAACGCAGAUGGUUCGGCGAUAUCGAUGCGGGUGGAUCGACCUGGACAUAUGAACCGAAGACAGGAGUGCUCGAAUUUGAAGUCGUCAAGCGUGAUACCAAUAUCCGCUGGCCGUCCCUUUUUGUUCCGAGUGACGACGACGAUGAUGACGAUGACGACGAGACUUAUGAUGAUAUCCCGGAGACGUUCGAUGCGGCCACUCUCGCAGCUGUGAGAGAAUCCUUUGGACGGAUCAGAGAGCGUAACUCUUCGGAACCUGAGGGAAAUCAUCCUGCUAUUCCGGCACUAUUGAGGGAAGAGAUGGACUAUGACCUGGACGAUGAUGAGGACUUUGAUGGCGGCGGGAUGAUGUAUGCGGAAAGCGGGGGAGGUGGUGGAGGAGGAGGCCACAAGAUUGGGCGGGAUGUUCUGGUGGGCACUCUCACCAGUGUGGGAGAAGCCAAAUGGUCAAAAGCAUCUUCGACAGUGGUCAGCCUUCCCAUGUCCGGAGAUCUCAACGAUGGCAUCAUGAUCAAGUCUGCCGUUGAUGGACUCUUAUUUUGCCCUCCUCAAUCGGGUGACCCGUCAAACAGACCAUGGUCCCAUAGGACAACCAGUCCAGCUUUAUCCUUCGUCCUCGGAUCCAAACGGGAUGUCAGAUUCGUCAAGCACGUAAUUCAGCACUCGAAAGACGCGAUCAGAACUACGGUGAUGGCUUUUGACUCUGGAGCGGUGCCUGGAAGUGGGAAUGCUUACAUCUAUUAUCCUCCUGUCGACAGGAUGACGGCAAAACAGGGAGUGGUGAAGAUCAGCGGGGGCGAGCGAGGGGCAUUGCUGGGUGUAGGACAAAUCGUGGUCAACGGGAAAAUUGUCGUCGUGGCAUUAUGUGAGAAAGAGUUGGUAGUGCUGAGGUCGGUUUUGAGGGAUUGA